GGGAGGGAGCUAGAGAGACGUUUCCCGCCGGCGGGAGCUGCGGCGGGGGUCGGCGCUGCAGCACCAUGGCGGACCAGCUGUACCUGGAGAAUAUAGACGAGUUCGUCACGGACCAAAACAAGAUCGUUACAUACAAGUGGCUGAGCUAUACACUAGGUGUUCAUGUUAACCAGGCCAAACAGAUGCUGUAUGAAUAUGUUGAAAAGAAGCGGAAGGAAAAUUCAGGAGCCCAACUGCAUGUCACCUAUUUGGUGUCCGGGAGUCUUAUUCAAAAUGGAUAUUCGUGCCACAAGGUUGCAGUAGUGAGAGAAGAUAAAUUGGAAGCAGUGAAGUCCAAGUUGGCUGUGACUGCCAGCAUCCAUGUGUACAGCAUCCAGAAAGCCAUGCUAAAGGACAGUGGGCCUCUGUUCAAUACGGACUAUGACAUCCUUAAAAGCAACUUGCAGAACUGCAGCAAGUUUAGUGCCAUACAGUGUGCUGCUGCAGUCCCUAGAGCUCCUGCUGAAUCUUCAUCUUCCAAACAGUUAGAACAGUUAAAUCUCGAGGCUUCAAGUGAGGCACAGGCCAGUAAUGAGCCGACCACCAAUGGUCAUGGCCCACCUGCUGCCAAACAGGUUUCCCAGCAUCCCAAAGGAAUUAUGGGAAUGUUUGCCUCUAAAGCUGCUGCGAAAACUCAGGAUACCAACAAGGAAACCAAAACAGAAGCUAAAGAAGUAACAAAUGCAUCUUCAGCAGGCAGCAAAGCACCAGGGAAAGGCAAUCUGAUGAGCAACUUUUUUGGAAAAGCUGCAAUGAAGAAACUUAAAGUCAAUUUGGAUUCAGAACAAGCAGUGAAAGAAGAAAAAAGAGUGGAACAACCUCCAGUGCCUGUCACUGAACCAAAGUUGGCAGCUCCUACCAGCCUAAAGAAAGCUGGAAGAAAGGCAGAGCCUAUGAAGAUGCAGCAGAGGGAAAAAAAGAGCAACAGGGGGAAGCGAAUAGAGUUAUCUGAUGAUGAGACAAAAGAAACUGAACACGUGAAGAAAAAGAGGAGGAGAAUCAAGCUUCCUGAGUCUGAGAGCAGUGAAGAUGAAGUCUUCCCAGACUCUCCUGGUGCUUAUGAAGCUGAGUCACCAUCCCCACCGCCUCCUGUAUCCCCACCUCCUGAACCCGUGCCGAAGAUUGAGCCUGAGCCUCCUCCUAUCAAGAGCUCAAGUGGAGAACACAAAAGAAAACGAAAGCGCGUACUGAAAUCUAAAACCUUUGUGGAUGACGAAGGCUGUAUGGUGACUGAAAAAGUCUAUGAGAGUGAAUCCUGCACAGAUAGUGAAGAGGAAAUGAAGCCGAAGACACCCUCUGUGCACAGACCCUCUGCAAUGGCAGUGAAGAAGGAACCGAAAGAGGAACGUAAGGGCCCGAAGAAAGGGACUGCUGCUCUAGGCAAAGCCAACAGACAAGUGUCCAUCACAGGCUUCUUCCAGAGGAAGUAAACUGCCGGCUGUGGCAGGUCAGAGACUCGGAGUGGUCGAGGGAGAAGACCAAGCAGCAUGGACUCUCACUUACUGUGUAAGUUCAUCUAGCAUCUCACCUGUAUCAAAGGACUGUGCUUCCAUCCUGUGAGGUGUAUACUAUUUCUGGUUUUUAACCAAAAGGAAAUCACCUGGAGGCAGGAAGCAAAAGGAUAUUUUAAAAGUUGUUACCUUCUAGUGACAUUUUGUAAGCACAAUCUUUGACCUGUUCAGGAGACGAAUUCACUCCAGAAUUACAUUGGAACAGGUUUCAGAAUCUUACUGAAGCUAUGAAGUGGCUGUCCCACUGUGUCCCACUCACCUCCUGCCCUGGCCCACUUAUGGCUCAGGGAGCAUUCCUUCCUGUGUCUCUGUGUGCUGUGAGCGUGUGUAGGUGGUUUUUAUUCCUGAAUUCUACUGGAUGUACUGAACACAACACCCUGCCCCCACACAUUUCUAUCCCCUGGCCCCAUAAAGUGGUGUUUUGUCUUUUAGAUCUUAGUGUUGGACUAAAGGUUGAAACAAAAUCUCCUUGUAAUCGUCUUCCUCCAUUACACAGCACACUGACCAUGGGCCACAGACCUGGGCGUUGCUUGUGUUUUGUCCCUUUCACAAAAGCUCUCUAGACCUUCACUUGCCAUUAGUGGUUAGGGAAAAGCCUGAGGCAGAGAACACAGAAAUUUAAUGAUGUGUUCAAGUCUUCCAGAAGUUACCGUGAGUCAGCGCUGAUGACACCCGAGGAGUUUUCAUGCCGCUGACCCAGAGCGUGCUUUGCACUGUUCCUUGUGGUAUAUUGUCCCUCUUCACUCCCAGAAUCUGGAGAGUGAGACCCAUCUAAUGAGAGAGGGCUAAAAAAAGAGAUCUCCUCCUACAUAUAAUGUACAAUUGUUACCUACAGUUCCUCCUUUUCAAGGAAAUGGAACAUUCCAGAACAUCAGUUUUCCAGGAGGUUAGUGAGGAAUGUAAGGCACACAUUCUACAGAUAUCGCACCUCUGUUUUUUAAGUCCCCCAUUUGCCUUAAAAAAAGUACUGGCUCCCCAAGAAGAGAUGGAGAGAGUAAGUUGUUACUAGGUCUGAAUAGCAAAUAAAGCAUUUUUCAUUUUACUUAUGGAAAAAUCACCUAUUUCAGUGGUAACUUUCAAGUGACUUCUACUACGGCUA